UGUCCUCUGAACAAACUUCUGAGGCUACCUCCAACACAGUCAGCAGCAUCUCAAGAUCUACUGCAAACCCAAAGCACAAAACCGCACCAACUACAAAUGAAACGUCAGAAACUACAGAGAUGCCACAUUCCACACAUAAUGUUUUGACCAGGACUACAGAAAGUAUUUUAUCAACAGCAGAAACUAAAACCUCAUCUCAUUCCAUUUCAUCACAAAUAUGUACAGAUAAUGACUGUAAUGGAUCUCCAAGUCUGUUUAAUUCUUCUUCAGGGACCUGUCAGUGCCAGUGCCCAGAUUUUACUAUCGGGGGAAAGUGUUUAACGGGAAAAAACUAUACUGAUGUCACUUUUGGAGUUAAUCAGAGUCUGCCUACAUUGGAUAUAAAUAUUAUAAUCAUAAUAGACAAGACAUUCCCUGAUUCACUAAAAAAUUCUACAUCAUCUUUGUACCAGAAAUUCAGCAAUAUUAUAAUAAAGCAGCUCACGGAAAUUUGCAAGCCAGCUGCAGAGGCCAACUUCCAGGGCAUAGAAAUAAUUCAGUUCACGAAAGGCAGCAUCCGAGCAGAAAGUAUUGUAAAAUAUGAGUACCGCAACAACCAAAGUGACAUUGACUUCCUAAACAAUGUGGUUACAGUUGAACUAAACAAGACUUUACACAAUAAUUCAUUCAGUCUCAUUUCGAACUUCUCAAAGGCCACAACAACACUGGACCACUUUGGCUACAGUGAAUCUAUUAAAA